GUAGUGAAGUGUCAAUGCACUCCAAUUCGAAUUAUGUUGUGGUUUGAUCGAGUGGUGUGCGCACUCUGGUUUCUGGAUAAUGCCUAUAUAAUUUGUUUUAUUGACUACAUUCUUUUUUAACUGCAGUGCAUAGGAGCUGACGAGUGACGCCUGACACCGUGGUGGUUAUAUCCAACCAACACAAACAGAGUCAACCAUAACUGGCAUGCGAGGAUAAGUACCUACGGCUACCUCUGUCACUUCAAGCCAAGAGGAGCUUCCUGUCAGCUUGGACAAAUGUGAUGCAGCAGUAGAAAAUAUGCUGAGCAUAGCAGAUGAGCUUAAAAUCAUACAGCAAAGUACGACGGAGGAGGAGCGGCGCCGGCGCGCGCAGCAGCUGCAGCAGCGUCUACAGGAGGACGCGCUGCGGCGCAAGUUGCGCAAUGUGCGCCUCAUCGGCAGCGUGGAGCGGCUGGCCGAACGGGCCUCCUCGCUGCGUCAGCUCACUGACAGACUGCGGCUCAUAAAGCGUCAAUACGAGGUUCUAGCCACACAUCUGCCUGAUGAUGAUCCAUCCAGCCAAUCACACCUCGCCGAACCGGCGGCAGCGCUACGUCACAGCCAAUCAGCGACCUCCGUGGGUGAAGCAGAACACCAUCGUCAAACCGCGCUGAAGGCGGCCAGUGGAGAUCCGACGGCCGACUUAUCACAUCUUGUGGAAGGCUAUUACGACCCCCGGCUGGCGGCUCGCGGGUGGCAGGGCGCCGCCGACCCGUGGGGCCCGUCCUCGCAGCAGCUCGGCCGGGACGAGCUGGGUCGCUCCACGGAAAGCCGAGCAGCUCUUCUACGCUCGAGGAUCGCCACUUCUGUCACCGUCCGCAGCGAGCCACCAGCGCCGCCUGGCGACCGCGGCGUGAACUACAGAGCUGUUGGAGGACAUACCUGGGAGCGGGGGAGAGAAACGGAGUGGGACCGCGACGCGCAUGGUUCCGGUCCCGGUCCCAGGGACCCGUCGGACUGGGAGCGCUCAGAGUGGGACCGGUCCGGACCGGGGGAGCGCAGCUCAGCGCCCAUGCAGGACCGCUCUGUGUCUGAGUACUCGGUGUCUGCGCCGGGCCGACGUCGGGCGGCGCCGCUGGCCUGGGACGGCACCCUGGACGGCGUGGCCAGCCGCUGGGGCACGCUGGAGCGGCCGACAGCUGCCGACGAGCAGCUGCAGCAGCUGGACAGCGCGCUGGCCCGGCAGCGGCAGCUGCUGGCCGCCACCGCGGCGGCGACGGAGAGGGCAGAGACGGCAGCGGCGAAGAGCUCGGAGGAUGCCCACCACGCGCCGCUACCUCGCCUUAGAACAGGCUCCUGGCUGAAUCCGGAGCUCUCUACGAGUGGCCACCGACACUUGGAUUCUGAAGCCGCUGCUCAUACCAGGGACGGGUUCAGAGACCAGCACCACUACACUGGGGACCACGGCCCGUACGUCGGAGACCAGGGAACUCACCAGAUUUCUCGGGAGACUAACGUGCGCUUUGCGGAUUCCUCAGACAACGAACGUUAUCAUAGCAACCAUCACCGUGACCAUAAUAACAUCGGCAAAAGGCCCAGCCACGGUGAUCGUUCCAGUUUCGCUGGUCGUUCGGACUACCUCGAACCGCAAGACGAAGAGCCUCGCUGCCCGGCCCAUCAAGCUAUGCACGAGGCAGGUCAGACGAGAAGGUAUGAAGAGGACGGAGCACGGUUCGAGCGAGAUCCAAGCGGCGGUGGCGAGGGGGAGCGAUUGAGAGAGAUAGCAGAGGAUGAUGAGAGAGCCGAGAUGGAGGCUGAGGAGCGUGAGAUUAGGAGACAGGAGUCGCUGAGAAGACGAGAAGAGGAAGAAGAGGAGAGGAGAAGGUGGGAAGAGAAGAGGCGAGCUGAGGAAGAGAGGAUGAGGGAAGAGAGAAGGAAGGAGGAGGAAGAAAGAAGGCGAGAAGAUGAGAUGAGGAGGGCAGAAGAAGAGAGGAGGCGAGAAGAGGAAGAAAGAAGACAAGAAGAGAAGAGGAAGGAGGAUCAGAGAAGGCAGGAGGAAGAACAGAGGAGACGGGAAGAAGCUGACAGGAAGCGGGAGGAGGAGGCUCGGGCGGCCGCUGAACGCUCGACUGCAGCGAGAAAGGCGUCAGUCACCUCAAACGCCAGUUCACACGGUAUGACCUGGAACGGACGGUCCGCUGCGGCGGAUGCAUCACGUACACAGAGUGGAGCCAAUAACGGCAAACAGAAUGCGAAGAAAAAGAAGAACAUGGAUUGGCUGUUGGGCGGCGGUCACUCGUCUGGGGAGUCGGACGGUGAACGGCCAGAGGGCGGCAGAGGCAAACCGACAGGGGACGCUGCCACUGGCACGAAAUAUUCCGGAGCACCCUCGACGGCAGACCGGCCGGCCGCCGCCAGUCGCCAGAGCUCUCACGGAAGCACCGCUGCCGCCCCGGUCCCAGCCGUCAGACGGGCGGUCGACACUUCAUCGAGUGACGAUGCCGUUCCCGCCCGUACCCCUGCCACCGCUGCCGCCGCUGCCCCCGCUAAACUCGCUCCUGCCGCCGCGGAGAAGCCCAUGAAGAUACGUCUCGACUCGGGAUCCGAUUCGUACCACCUCAGCGCAGAUCUGGGAGGCGAUGAAAGUGAUGACGAUUUCUGGGGCUGAUGGACGUCAUCGAGAUGUCAUUGGGAAGGUGAGAGCGGAAACGGGGUUGGUUGGUGAGGACUUGUGAAGUGAUACUGUGCUGGUUUACGCAGAAGUCCCGUGCAUGAUAUCAUGCAAGCAAAAAGGCAGAUAAAGCUUAAAUCAGGCAAUUUGAUUGUGAAAAGAAAGCUUUGAUCGGAACCUAAUGUUUAUCGCAAACAUAUUCAGAGGGAUCUGGCCUCUGGAUCAAUCGUUAUUAUUAAAAAUGACGGAGUAAGUUCAAGUCCAGGGUUGUCAUGAAAUUUUGGGGGUACCAUUCGACUACCGUGGUGGCACAGGCUUCGGAUGGAACUACAAAUGAAGAACCCAAUUCAGUACUAAUGUGUCUCCCUUUCCAUGUCUGUUGAAAGUCACUGGGAUGUGUGCCUACUGCCUGUGCACGCCGGUAUCGUGUAGUAUCCACACUCCCCCCCCCCCCUUCCUUUCCACAUACACCCUCUCAUAAUGUAUCCCUCGUGAUAAACUCGCCUACUCUCGCGUUUCUUAAGCCAGAUUUACCAACAGAAAAAUAGCCCCCUGCCGGAAUUUUUUGCUAAAGACCGCUUCACAUACGGAGCGUGAACGCGAUAGGCACGUAAGCGGAUAAGGCUUUACCGUUUACGCUCCGUAUUUGAAGCGGUCUAAGCAAAAAAAAAAAUAAUAAUAAUAAUAAUCCGGCAGGCGGCUAUUUUUCUGUUGGCAAAACUGGCCUCAGAUCUGUGACUACGGAGUCCGUCCACAUUGCUCAGUCUUGUGCUGCGAGUCAUAUGUGCAGUGUGCAUUGUCAACCAGCCAGUGAUUCGUCGUGGCUGUCAUGAUUUCCGAUCUCACUGGUGGCUUAUGUAUUUUGUGUUACGUUCUGUUUGUCCUAUUGCCACUUUGAUGGUGGCCCCCGUUUUACAAGCCAAAGAGCAUUCCAAAUAGUGCGAUUACAGAUUUGCAAUUGACAGGGUUGAUGAAUACCGAUCCGUCUUCGGUGUUAUUUAUUUUUAUUUAUUUCAUUUCAUUGUUAAUCGUGAGCGCAUUGUCCGGCACAUGGAUUAUGACAUUGACUCAAACUUGCAAAGCACGACCAAUAAGAUCAAUAAACUAUUGAUUCACA